UUUUUUUAUUAGUUUAUGACAAUGAUGAAAUGUUAGUUCCUAAAAACACUUCUGUUAUUGUGGCUCGAGUUCCGGUUGCUGCGGGAAACAAAAAAAGCUGGGAUAAACCUGAUCUGCCUUUGCCAGUGGAUGAUGAUGAUUUGGGACAAAUACGUUAUGACAGAAUUGUUAAGAAUGCUGAUCUUGUCAAUGCAAAUGCAAGUGAAGACGAUAAAGUAAAAGCAAUGAUUACACAGUCUAGUCAAGAAUAUGAUCCUUCAAAAUACGUGAAGAGCCGCAGUAUGACAGGACCACUUCCCCCUACAUAUACAUGUUACCGAUGUGGCAAGCAGGGGCAUUGGAUUAAAAACUGCCCAACUAACAAUCCGGAUGUGAAACGUAGUACAGGAAUCCCUCGUAGUUUUAUGGUUCCGGUAGAUGGUCCUGAACAUAAAGGGGCUCUUCUAACGAGCUCGGGAGAUUAUGCUGUUCCUUUAAUUGAUCAUCAAGCUUACAAAGAAGUAAAGAAGGAAAAACCUCCAUUUGUUCCCCAAGAGGAACCAGCUACUGAGCCUGAAGCACAGAUACCUGAGGAAUUGCUCUGUAUGGUGUGUAAAGACUUGCUCCAAGACGCUGUGCUCAUCCCAUGUUGUGGAAAUAGUUUUUGUGAUGAAUGUGUGCGUCAAGUUCUUCUGGAAUCUGACAAUCAUGAAUGCCCUGUAUGCCAUGAGACAGAAGUGUCUCCAAACACAUUAAUUCCAAAUCGUUUCUUAAGAACUGCAGUGCUCAACUUUAAAAAUGAAACUGGUUAUACACGGGUGAAAAAGGUUUUUGUUGCAAAGUCACCUCCUGGUGCAUCACAGUCUGUAGAUUCUCCACAGCCUUCUCCUGAUUCAACUGUCGAGAAUCAGCCGCAACAGCAGGCUGACACCGUGUCUGUAAAUCAGUCUGAGAGUAUUCCUCUUUCAGAAGAGAAAGAACAGUGUGAUGAUGUAAAAGAGAAAACAGAUCCACCUGUUGAAAACGUUGAUACAAGUUUACAUUCUGUACCUGAAGGCAGUUUACAUUCUGCACCUGAGGGCAGUCUGUCUCCUAAACAAAAGGCUGAGGAAGAGCCUGAGGAUACCCAGCCUGGAACCCCACUAGCUGAUGAACCUCCAGUUGAUGUGACAAGCCAGUCUUUACCAAUACAAGCAAUUGGUCAAGAUUCAUAUCACUCAGAACAGUAUGAUUAUUAUCCUAGUUCUAAGCAAAGUCGCCAUGAUGCAUACAAUCGGUAUAGGGAGGAUUAUUCACCGUCAUCAGAACCGAGACCCAUCAGCACUAUAGAAACAAUUACAAAUAUUCGUAAAACUAAAUAUGUUGGUCGUUUGGCUCCAGUACGUCAGCAAUUUCCGAAUCAGAGACCACAUCGUGAGGAAAGAUCUGAUACAUAUACACAUGAAAGGGACGAUUAUCAUGGUAGAUAUGAAAGAAGACGGGGUGAUAGAGGCUCUAGAACCUCUCAUCAAUCACAUUAUGACAGGUCUCCUCGGGAAUCCAGAUAUCAUAUCUCAGAGGGACUUGAUUAUUCAUCAAAUGACUAUGACCAUCAUGACACUCAUUAUAGUUCUCAUUUACAUGAUGAAACUAUUCCCAGGCAUCAAGAAAGGUAUAGAACUCCACCACUGCCAAUUCCUCUUGCUCCUGCUGUUCCAACUCAAAUUUAUGCUGCACCCAGUGUUCCUCCACUUUUACCUACUCCUCAAGUAUUUGCUCCUCAACCACCUCCUCCAGGUGCCUCACCUAUAGAAACAUCUCACAUGGCUGCUCAGCCUCCACCUCCUGGAGUUGGACCAUUACUUCCACCUUCAGUUUCUGGUGAUCCUACUUCAUUCACUAAUCGACCAUAUGAUACUGAGGAUCCUUUGAAAGAGACUAAAAAGAUUGAAGAAAGGAGCAUUGACGACAGAUUUGAAGCAUUUCAAAGACAACUGGAAAAACGUGAUCGAGAGAGAGAGUAUUCUAGAGAUCGUGGAUCACGUAGCAGGAGUCUAAGUUCAGAUAGAGAAAGAUCUCGAUCAUCAUCGAGGUCUCGUUCUUAUUCUUCCAAAUCAUGGACCAGAUCACCUUCACGAAGUUCGUCACGUUCACCCAGAUCUAGAUCACAUACUCCUUUCUCCAGUAGAUCUAGAUCAAGAUCGUAUUCACCUUCAAGGUCUAGGUCUUGGUCAAAAGCUCGAUCAUAUACUAGAUCUCGCUCUCGUACUAGAACUGAAUCUUCUAGAUCUCGAUCCAGAUCUAGACCAGAAUCAAGAUUAAGACGCAGGGGUGUUUCUCGAGACAGACUGAGGUCACCUCGACCAAGAACACGUUCUCGUUCUUUUUCGCCUAAAGAAUAUCGACCUCCUUCUCACAGAGGUAUGUCUUACUCAGGAAAACAUAAUUAUACGCCUCCUCAGUAUGGAGGAGGUGCAUCAUAUCAGUCUCACUAUGGCCCACCUCCAUCACUACUUCCUCUGCCAGUUAUGCGACCUCCAACUUUUGCAGCUCAUCAUAUGCAUUCUCUGCAUCCACCUGCACAGCCUAUUCACUCACGACCUAUUGAACAGUACCCUGUUGAAAGACCACCAAAGUAUCCUCCAUCUUAUAGUGAUCAGUAUCCGCCAUAUAAUAUGUAUCAACCAAAAUACCAGCAUCAGAGAUUUGAGCGAGAUCCAAGAGGAAUGAGGUAUGAUAAAAGGCAAGAGUAUCAAAGACAUCCUGAAGAGUUUUCUCACAGAAUACCUGGUUUGGUUGGUGAUAGAUCACGUGAAUACAAACCAAGAUUCCGUCAGCCUAGGGAUCAACAGAGAGGAAAAGAAAUUAAAGAACUUCCUAAAGUACCAGAACCUGAAAUUAAAAUUGUGCAUUCUAAAGACUCAGAAAAUAUAGCCAAUAAAAAGAAAGAAGAAAAAGCUGUUUUAAAGCACAAAAAGCAUCAUCAUCAUCAUAAGAAUAAAGAACUAAAAAAGCAGGAAAAUAAGAUCCCAGUUAUGAUAGGUAUUGAAAAACAUGCUGAGGCUUCAAGAAACCUAAUUAAAGUUGAAGUUGUUGAAAAAAUAAAUGAAAAUAAACCUGUUUUGGAAUCUUCUGCUAAAGUAGCAAAAAAUGUUGAAAAAGUUAAAGACAAGAAACAUAAGCAUAAAAAGCAUAAAGUUCCUGAUCAACCAGGCAAAAAGAAAAAGUCUACUAAAAAAGAGAAAUUGGAAGGGGCAGUAAACACGGAUUCUGAUCUUUCUACAAAAGUUAAGGUUAAAAAAAAGAAGAGUAAAUUGAAAGCUGUUGCUGAAGAAAAAAAUCCUCUUGACACCCAAGAACAGGUGUCAUCUAAACCUGAGACUUCAGCUGCUGAAAAUGAAAACUUGUCAAGUUCUAAAAGUGUGCCAGCUGAAGAUUUACCAGCAAAAAGUAAUGAGGAUGAGUCUGUUAAUGAUACAUUAAAUUUAUUUCCAGAUGAAGCAGAGAGUGAAACAGUUAUUUUAAAUGCAGAAACCACAUCUGUUGUAGAUUCCAAUGGUGAAGUUGUUUGUCAGCCUGGUGAUAAUGGAGAAAUAAUUGAUACAGAAGAAAUUGAAGUGGCUGUAAGUGAAGAAGAAUUAGCUGAAAAUGAAGAAAAUGUCCUCCAUGUUGAUGUCCCUGGUCUUUCAAAAUGGGAACGGGAAGAAAUUGAUGAUGAUUUUGUAACAAGGCCACAGCGAAAAAGUGCGGUUAUUGUACCUAAAGAUGAAAAAGGUGCAUUAUCCUCUGAUAUUAUUCAACGAGCUGAACUAGUCAUUCUUUCAAAACCUUUUAAACCUAGAAUAGAUACUAAAGAAAAAGAUUCUAAGGAUUCGAGUGAAGUAUCUAGUCCUGAAACUGCUUCAAAUAAGCAUAAAGAUGUUCCUGAAUUGAAAAGUGUCGUAAAUUCUGAACGAUUGGCAUCACCUACUUUACAGGUGACUAUUUCUACAACCAAAGAGAAGCGUUCUGUUCAUUCUAAACCUGAAGAAAUUAGAAGUUCUAGAGAUGGAAAGCAGAGGCAGUCAAGCCGCACAAAAGCAGAGCGAGCUAAUCUCAGCAGCAAAGACGAGCAUAAAGUUCAUCGAACAAUCACUGUACAUUCAUCAAAAUCAGAUGAAAAAGUUAAAGAUAGGAAGAAUAAAAUAUCAGAUCGACAGGAUAGGAGAGAAGUAAAUUCAAGUAGCCGAAAUUCAUCUCGUGAUCGAAGAGAGUAUAGUCACAGAAAUGAGAGAGAGAAGGAAAGCAGACGAGAUGAUAUUGUGGAUGAAGAUAUGCAUAUUCGAGAAUCUAGAAAGCAUAGGUUUGCUGAGCAAGAAAAGUACUCGAAAAAUAUGGAUUACAGUCCCCAUAGUGGGAGAUCCGACCGAAGAAAACCAUAUAAUGAUUACAUGUCGCAAGCUCGUAGCCGGCGGCAUUAUGAAAGAGAUCCACCUCAUUUGACAGAGAGAUCCCGCAAACCUGGAACCUUCAAGAGGUCACAUUCUAGAAGUUAUGAUUCUUCCGAUAGUUAUUAUUCUAAUAAAAGAAGACAAAAUGAUCAGCAGCGUAUGGAACAGUCUGAAGAUUACCAUUCUCACAGAAGUAACAGAGAGCGACACCAUACGAAUUACAACGAAGUAUCACACCGGAAACAUUCCCCAGUGAAACCACCAGAUAAGCAUAAUUCAAGUUCUGAUCAUUCCAAAUCCCAACACAAAGAUUUCCAUGACGAUUUAAAAUUUGAGCCUGAUUAUGAUGAAUACAGUGAUCCUGAUGAGAAAAUUAUUGAGCAUAAAGACAGGCCAAAACGAAAGAGCUUGUCUCCAGCUACAAGUCGCAAGCGACUAAAAACUGGAAAACUGUCCACAAAUAUUCCAGAAUCAGCUAUAAAAGAGGUACAAAAGACUGAUAAAUCUAGUUUAACUAGCAGUGCAAGUUCAUCUGCUGCUAGUGAAAGUGACUCAUCUGAAUCAGAUGAUCAAAAGGGUAGUAAAAACAAGACCUCAGAUACUGAUCAUAAGCAAAAGCACAAGAAAUCUCGGCACAAGAAACAUAAGAAGCAUAAGCAUAAACAUAAAAAGAAGAAAAGUCACAAGUUAAAGCAAAGGGACUAGCAUAUUUUUCAAUUUAAAGGGGAAACUGUUAAGUUUGUUAGUUUUUUUUUGGCUUGAUAUGUCUAAAUUUAAAAAAGCAAAUUUGUCAUUAUAUGAUCUGCAGUUUGUUACAAAAUUUUUUAGGAAGAGAAGGAUAAUCUGACAUUUUCUGCAGUCUCAUUUUUGUUCAAAUGAACAUUAGUUUGUUUUAUACUUAGAAUCCAUUGCCAAUGUUUUUUAUACUUAAAAUUUAUUGUUAAUGUAUGUAUUGCUUCCUCUCUGAAGAAUGUUAUUGCAAGAAAUAAGGAAUUCUGUUCUUGAACCACCACAAGCUGUGUUUUGUUUUCAGUGGCUAAUCAUAAACUUGCGACAAAUUUUUGACAUCAUCCAAUGGGUCAGGAUCUCUUCUCACACCCUCUAAUGAGGCAGAGAAUGUUUUUCACUGUGGUAGUUGUACAGGCGAGAUAUGUGGAAUUUGAAGAAGAGAAACGAGCAUAAUCCUUUCUCUCUCAAUAUCAGUAAAAAUGCCAAUUGGAUAUUUUUUAUUGCAAAAUGGUGUAAAUAUUUCCCUGUAUAAUAAAGCUAUAUUUAGUCCAGAUUUACAAUCCUGGCUUUUUUUGUGACCAUAUUAAUGUGUAUGGCUUUAUUUAUGCAUACUUGAUACUGUUUUACAAUACAAAUUAUGUUUUCUUUGCUGAUGCAGAUCAGAGGAAAGAGACCACAUUCAUUUUUGCACUUGGAAUUCCUAAUAAUACUGCUUCUUGUAUAACAUCUCUGGCAAAAAAUGUCUCUCCCUUCAUCAGAGGGUGUAAGAAGAAGUUCUUGAACCUGUCUCUGUAGCCAAAAGCAGGUAACUGUUGAUAACAUAAAAAUAAGUAUGGUCCAGCACAGUUAUGUCCUAUUCCUUGUCAACAAUAUUUUUAAGAAGGGAGUGACAUCAAAUAUGUGACUGUAAGGGUGAACAAAAUCACCUGUGUUAAAAAUUUGCCUUCUCUUUUAAAAAUUUGCAGAUUUAAGAUAUAUUUUUCAUGUAUGUAUAAAACAACCUGUACAUAAAUUCAGCUCAUUUGUAUAAUAAAUGCAUUAUUCAUA